AUGCCUGCUCUCAGACAAGCCCUCGGCUUUUCCCGAGGCAGGUCGCUGGCCCUCUUCAUUCUCUUCGGUGGGGCCAUGUCGCUCUUCUCCAUCCUACAACUCCCCUUCAUCGACAUCGACAAUGUCUUUUGCGGAAAGGAUCCAUGGGCAACGCCGGGAGAAUGCUACUGGUUUGGUAGGCCGGGGAUUAACAAGCUUGGCAUGAGGUUGCACCUUGCCACGUUUCUGCCGGCCGGUGCCUUGGUCGGUUGGCAGUUUGUACCAGCGAGUCGACGACCGCACUUGGCCAAGUACCACCGUAUCAAUGGUUAUGUGGUACUUGUACUAUCAGCUUUGGGUACUGUUGGUGCUCUCAUUAUUGAGAAGCGUGCCAUGGGCGGGCCUUUCUCAGCGCGAAUUGGGACCUGGAUCAUCGCUGUAUCAUUCACCACUGCCAUGGUGAUGGGUGUUGUCAGCAUUAAGAAGCGACAAUUUGACCAACAUAGGGCCUGGAUGCUCAGGGGUUGGUUCUAUGCGGGCGCCAUCAUAAGCAUGAGAAUCGUCCUCAUCGCGGUGGCAAUCAUCGUUGGCCAGCAUGGAUGGCUGUAUCGACCCCUUCAGUGCGCCGUGAUUGAGUACUUGGGCGAGUUCAACCCAGAUGGAGUGAAGCCGCUAUACCCGAAUUGCACCUCGUAUCUAGCAGGGGAAGACCCAGGGCAAGAGGUUCUUGUAAGAACAAACUGGGACUUUAAUGAUCUUCCAGGAAUGGCCGUCGCGUUGCGAUACGGGUAUCUGUUUGGAGGAUGGACUGCUUUUACACUUCACGCCGUGGGGGUUGAGAUCUAUGUCAGUGAGACCAUUCUCUGCUUGCGGACCUUGCGAUUUGCUAACAGAUAUUCAGUUACGAAGAACGACUCCUAG